GGAAUUUUACAGCUGUGAGUCAGUGACAAGGGUAGCUGAGUCUAACAACAGACAUUUGUAUUCGUAUCCAAUUGGCGUUUAGAUACAGGUACCAGCAGGCCCACAGCGUCAUAGGUAUACCUUUCCUGGCAGUUUAAGGACAAGCCCAGGGAGGAACAGUGCUUUUACACAUAUCACAGCAGGCUAUUGUAUCUCCCUACAGGGAAUUACAGGGAUGUUAAAAUGCCCAAACUCUUAUUUUCAAGGAUUCGACUAUACGAAUUUAAGGAUUUAAUGCCCAACAUGAAGCGGCCACGAAGGAUUGACAUUGUACUGAACUGCAGGCGUAAGAAGGAUAUCCAGUGCGUCAGUGUACAGAAAUGUAAUGAUGAGAUGUACUCUUCAAAGCUAAGUUGUCAGACUGACCAUAAACUUCACCUGGAAAAACUGCUAAAGGACAAAAAGUAUUUAGCAGCAUUCCGCUCUUUCCUGCAGUCUGAGUUCAGUGAGGAAAACAUUGAGUUCUGGCUGGCAUGUGAAGAGUUCCGGUUGACUACCUCACCGGAAGACCUUCAAUGGAGAGCAGAGAAGAUCUACCGGGAGUUCAUCCAGCCUACAGCCUGCAGAGAGAUCAAUGUAGACCAGCAUAUUAGAGAGAAGAUCAAGCAGGCACUGGAGAAACCGAGCCUUUCCUGCUUUGACGAGGCCCAGAAACAUGUUUACCUGCUGAUGGAAAGAGACUCUUGCCCCAGAUUCCUGCACUCAAAUGCCUACCUGAGUCUAAAUCGCAAAUCCAGGACUCUGUGGUACCUUUAAAUAGUUACCAUGCCUGUUUUCUAUUCACCUGCUCCGAAACGUUAUUUCACACUGGAUCAACUAAUUUACUGUUUCACUCUAAACCUAAACAUAAGACAAUAUUUUUUUAACAGGGUGCAAUAUCAUUUUUUCUCUUUGUACUGAUAAAAUUCCGUGGACUAUAAUACAGCAAGGCAAACACAAUGACAGAAAAGUAAUGUGAGUGUGGAGAUAUGUAUGUAUAAAGAAUGCCGUUGGUAUGUGUUAGUACUUUAGAUGACUUUGCAGAGUUCAAGGAUCUUUGAAAUGCUGUAUGUGUUAACUGAAAGUCUAGGUUAGUUAAGCUUGUUUUUGAUGUGAGAUUUUAGGACUUCUUGCCCAAAUUUGGCUAAUUCCGUCAGUAACUGUAGUCAUUCAUCAUCUAUAACUAUUCUUUUUAUUCCAAUAUAGUCAGAAUUAUAUUUAUCUGACUGACUAACUGAGACAUGGGGAAGGGCAUGAGUCAAAAUAAAGGAGAACAGUUUCCACAGCUUACCCAGCAAAGGGAUUCUGUUUUCAGUCACAUGUCUACUAUAUCCUUUAAUUAGGUGUGGGGCUGACUCUGUACACCAACAUCAGGGUUUACUAAACUGGAAAAAAGUAACCCCCCACACUAACCCCUGAUCCCACUCUGUUCUGUAAACGGCCUUAUUCCUAAAAAUUGUGCCUUAAAAAGGAGUACUGAGGCAGCUAAUAAUAACUCAAGGGCUUAAAUGACAACACAGGAGUCAUCAGACAACCUGAUGCGUAACAGAUCAGCCCUCAAUGUGCUGCCUUGUUAGGGGAAUAAUCUCAUCACCCACAGACAAUGGCUGGGGAAAAUACAUGAAAAAAAAAAAAAAAAAAAAGCCAGAAAGAGUAGUCUGGGAAAGGUUUGUUCAGAUGAUAAUGGAGAGACUGUGUAUGUCAAACAGUUCCACUUUAAUAAAAGUUUAUGACACAUUGGUUUGUACUCAUGGCCUGAUGUUGUUAACAAAUGUAAGCAGUUUUUCCAACCAUGAUGAGAACUGUGGGGCAAAAAAAAAGAUGAAGUGGUCAUAGAGAAUCUGCUUCAUCACUUAUCAGAUUUGAUAAUAAACGGACAGUAGCUUAUAUUUUUUGCAACAGUAAGCGCCUCAUACCAUUACUCAAAAAUUACUUGAACCCUAUCUGGUCAAAGACUAAUAGCUUUAUGACUGGAAAUCCUAUUUUUAAAAUACUAUAUUGAGGUAUUUGCUCUGUUUUUAACAUCAGGUGAAAGCCCACAGUUCAUGUACUACCGUAUAAAAGAGAACACCAAUAAAAGGUGUGAAAACAAA